GAAAAUCACAAACAUCAAUUUAUUCCCCUUAUGAGGUCAGAAUAUUCUUUUCCCUGUGAUGCUUGUGGCCUCAGAAUUGGAAAUUUUGGGUCGUCAAGCGAAUCUUUCCUAUGCACCAUUUGUCAGAUCAUUGUUCACGACGACUGCAUCUCACUCCCACACACAAUCAAUAUACUUCAUCAUGAUCACCCUCUCACCCAUACUUUCUUCUUUCUACUUAAAGAUGAAGACAUUCCUCCUGUUGACCAACUAAAUUGUCGAAUUUGCCGUACCAAGUUUGACAAGGAUUUUGGAGGUUAUUCUUGUGUGGACUGCCAGUUUGUUACCCACGUGGGCUGCGCGUUUGAAAAUCAGAUUUCAACAAAUAACUCAGUCGUGAAUGCUCAGGAAGCAAUUGUUGAUUUGGUCAGGGAGAUUGAGCUGACGGAAGAUGAAUUCCCCCUACAGAUUAAGCACUUCAGUCAUGAGCACAAAUUAAGUCGUGGUGUUGAAAUGGAGGAUAAAUGUUGUGAUUGCUGCAUCCGACCUAUCUCACAUCCAUUUUACAGGUGCGUGGAGUGUGGCUUUUUUCUCCACAAGACCUGUAUUGACUUGCCAAACCAAAUAAGACCUGUUUUUCAUGACCACCCCUUAACCCUUCUUCCGAGUGGGCCUGAUGACAAUUGGACUUUCGAAUGUUCUCUCUGUUAUACGUAUUGCCAUGGCUUCGUAUAUGCUUGUGAAGAAUGCAAAAACUUCUAUGCUGAUGUUCGAUGUGCAUCAAUCCCGCUAAAAAUUAGACAUCUUGGUCAUGAUCACAGACUCUCUUUCACUCGUAGACCCAGUUAUAAUAGAUAUUGCUACUCUUGCAGUUUCCCAGAUGAAUAUCUAUUUCAAUGCAAUGAGUGUCCAUUUGACAUAGAUUAUAGAUGUGCUACACUACCGUCUACUGCUAGAUAUUGGGAUCAUGAACAUCCACUUGUGCUUACUUAUCAUACAAAUGACGAUGGUUCUGAUGCCUAUUAUUGUGAUAUUUGUGAAAAAGAGAGAGAUCCAAAGCAUGGGUACUACUAUUGUGCUAAAUGUGACUAUGCUGGUCACCCUGAUUGUGCUCUUGGUAAGUAUCCAUAUCUCCUUCCAGGACGAUUAUACAACAUGUCACGUCGUUUUUUCACCCUCCGGGGAUCUGAUUUUGAGCACAACAUUAAUUUAUGUAGUGAAUGUCAAUCACUUUCGUGGAUUCCAAAAACAUUUAGUGAUCUCAAGUUACAUAAACAUCCUCUCGUCUUAGCCGACUGUAAUCAUCAAGGAAACGUUUGUGGUAUAUGCCAGGAAAUGGUAUAUAGCAUCUGGUUUUGUUGUGGAAAAUGUGAUUUCCAUGCUCAUCUUGAACGUGUUUUGGGAGAUGACUUCACCGUUCAACCUCGCCAAAUGACUCUUAGCAUUGUCAAAAGAACAGGUUGGGGGUGUCUUCCAUGUAUGGUGUGUGAUGAGGAUUGCAGAGAUGCGUGCCUCCAGUGUCCUAAGAGUGGAUGCAGCUUUUGCCUUCAUUUCGAUUGUGCAUAUUAUCGUUUGUGUUAGCAUAACGGAGAUGCGUGCCUCCAGAGUGUCUUAAGGGUGAAUGCAGCUUUUACGUUCAUUUUUUGGAUUGUGCACAUUUGCUUUUGCGUUUAUUUUGAUUGUGCACAUUAUCUUAAAUACAUAUACCUGAUUAGUACUAGUACAACUGAUGCUAUAGGCCACUUUA